AUGGGACAAGUUGCUCCUAAUGCUAUUGUAAGUCCUUAUAUUAGUGUAGGAACAAGUGUACUUUCCGAAACAAACGAAACAUUGGCAUUGCCGACUUCUCCAACAGAACCACCAAUCGCCACCCAACAAAACAAAGCAUCCCAUCGGCUUCCUCUCUCACAGCAUAUAGAAGAUUUCAAACCUCGACCCUUUCUCUCUCUAAAAAUCAUAUCCACGAAAGGCUUCACCAUCUUCGAAGCCCCAAGAUCAGCUAGUGACAUAGCACAAUGA